AUGGCAGAACCUGAAGAAACACUCCAGGUGCAGCAGGAAAGCUCUGCAAGCACCGUGGGGUUUAACGUGGAUUGCCCCCAAUGCCUGACACAGUUUCCUGAUCCGAUGAGCUUCGGCGAGGAUGGCGAUCUCAUCCUCGAGGUCGGCGACGUUCAGUGCUACCAUAUCGUCAAGCAAGAAGAGCCGGCGCAGCGAACGAGACGUGCCGUCUUCGAAGUGUGCUCUAAGACAUUAUCCCACUCCUCGCCCGUGAUGAAGGAGAUGAUGUGCCGCGGCAUCGCCGAAUCCAACUCGAACGGCGACCAGCAGUGGGAGUUGGACUUGCGAGAGGACGAUCCGGAGGGUCUCGUGGUCCUGCUCAACAUCAUGCAUCUCCGCUUCGACCUGGUCCCUACUAACGCCAUGGAUCUCGAGGCCUUGUACCACAUCGCUGUUCUAGCGUACAAGUACGACCUGGCCCAUCUCCUCCGGCCGUGGCGCGGGAGUUGGGCACACGUGAUGAGUGAAGAGUGCGAAGAUUUCCGCUUCUGCAAAAAAACGUCGCCGAAUGGCAAUCUCGAGAAGCGAGUGUUGAUCGAUUGGGUGAUUAGGAGCAGGGCCCAGCUCAACAACUGUGCGCGAUGCCUGGCGUGGAAUAGCGGCGUUGGCGAACACGGGGCGCUCGUGCAUGGUGCAACACUGAGUCCCAGAUUCGGUGGCCUGUUGGAACCUCCAGAGCUCCUACGUGCAAUUGAUGACCUCCGAUAUCGAUGCAUCCGUGCCAUACUGACACAUACGAAAAAUGCAAUCACCAGCCAGAUCGAAGGCAAGCCCAGCGGCUUGACUUGUCGAUCAAAUAAAUCGAACGGCCACCUUCAGAAAUAA